CCCCUUCACCCCUGUCGUGGGAUUGGUUGUGGCGGGGCGCUGGAGCGGCAAUCAAUACUUCGGAAAAAUUCCGUAUCAACGAGAUACCCGACAUGCCGUGAGAGGCACUGGCAGCCUUGGCAGCUUGGUAGCGGAGGACACAAAGGGCGAGAGUGCCUCGUCGGAGUUCAGGAACGGCACGGUCCGUUGACUCUGCUUCCGUCGUCACAAUCGCAGGGCAAGCCCCUGUGCUUUCUCCUCCCCUGUAGAUUAUACGGUUCGCGGUGUAUAAAAGACCAGGCAUCUGGCUCUUGACAUCUCUUCCCUGUACCACCACCAUUCCACCGAGGCAAAGACUCUUUUCCGUUCAAGAAGGUACCACACCAUCAGCGCCAUACGGCCUAGCACGCUGUACGUCUACAUUCGGAAGCAGCCAACAUGAGGCUCACGACGAUGCACAUCAGCCUCUUCCUCCUGGCAACUGUCCUGGCCGGCAGUGCGACUGCGAGGUGUGGUGACAUGAUUUACAAAGGUCAUAAAUUCAGGAAGGUGUGCUGCGAGUGCCCAGAUUCAGAUCACGAAGGCGAAACUCUCCACGCAAAGUGCUAUCCGCACAGCAGCUGCGAUCUUGUUGAAAGUGGUUGUGAGGAGGUCUUCAGUUGUUGAUCGACGUCAUGACGCGGCGUUGGCUCGGGCGCUGUCUUUCUCGAGAGUAGAGUCUGCACAAGACCCAAGCAAGAGGCCUGUGGCAAAGAUCAUCAUUGCAAAAUACGAUUCUGAUGGCAAAGGCAGCGACCGCGGUCUCUCCGUCUGUCCUGCCAGGAAUGCUCUCUCAUCGAUAUAUUCACCGACAGUCCUUCCUCAACGAUAUGCCCCUUUCCGGCCCUUUCCUCCUCGAUCCACCACACUGUCCAUUAUUGAGUCAAC